GGAAAUUUCCACUCUCUCCUCCGCUCACUAUAACAGCAGAGGCGCCGGGCUGACCGACACUAUACCACAGCGGACAACGGCACCGAACAAUCGUUAAAGUGUGACUACAAGACAAUCUCACGGUAAGUGGAAUUAUUAAUUUUAAUUUUUAUUACUUUAUGAGUAAAGUUAAGGAUUUUCAUCGCGACUUUAUUCACUUUUAGAGGCGGAUUCGGUUUGAAUGGGAACGUUAUCAGAUUGAGCGCUUCCUGUUAACCAACCGUUACGAAUGAAAAUUUAGAUUAGAGUAACGGCUCUUAACGUUAGACAUACAAAAACAUAUAUCCUUUUUUAUCUUUACGUACAUUAAUUAAUUCGUUUUCUUUUUUUAUCUUACUUUAUAUUUCAGUGCAGAAACACAGUAAAAUGCUACAGCGGUUAUGUGUUCGCUGAAAACAUUGAUUUGCAUUCACGUUUUCCCAUUAACUCUGUUCAUAACGACGUUAGCGCGUAAUAUUAAUGCUUAUUUUCAAUUACAUUGAAUUAAAAACCGAGUGUCAAGAAUGUAUGAAAAGCGGCGCUGCCCAUAUAUGGCACUCCGGUAUGCGAGGCAGCGCUAGGUCACGCCCACUCGUAGUAUUCUCAGAUUACAGCAGGCAGUGAGCAUCAUGACCCCGUGAGUCUGAGUCCCCGAGAUAAUCAGAGAGAGCUUCAGCUGUUAGAGGGAUAUAGUCUGUGAGUUCACAGGAACAAGCCUAUCUGUCUACUCUGUGUGUGUAUGUGAGGACUAACUCAUUCACUGUUAUCUCUGUAGGUAACCAUCCACUGACUGAAGAAUACUUGAAUCUACAAAAGUACUUUUACACUAAUAUCUACACUUGAUUAAAGAAAAAAGAAUCACCAUGUCUCAGCAACAGAUCAGGUAAGUGUCAAACUAACAUCCUCUAUUUAUUAGAUUUUAAUUAUGGGCACUGGUACUACAAUAACAGAGAAUUUAAGGACCUUUUAAAGUAUUUUGACCCCAAAAAACUGGAUAUUUCAGCUAUUUAUUUUUGUCUAUUGUCAGCUUAAUUAUUUUUGGCAUUUUUAACUGCAAGUCUAACUUCAACAGGCAUUCAUAGACAUAAUUUUUGUUGGUAUUUGCACCUCUUAUUAUCAUUUCAACAUCCUAUUGCCUUAUAAAAACAUCAGUAAAUAGUAAAAACAAUACUCAAUUUCAGUCCAGUGUCAGCAAGAUGGUCCACACCCCAGAUAUAGUCAUUUUGGGGGGGGGGAAAUCAAGUCUUUUGGAAAUGAUACUGAAGUGUCUCUAUUUUUCUCUCGUGUCCUCUCACAGCCUCCCCGCCAAGCUCAUUAAUGGAGGUAUCGCUGGCAUUGUUGGGGUCACCUGCGUCUUCCCCAUUGAUUUGGCCAAGACCAGGUUACAGAAUCAGAGACAGGGUCAGCAGGCCUACAGGAGCAUGUAAGUAUUUUUACUCCUUGUUGUCGUCCACGUCAUCACUCGUGCCUUCCCGAUCUGAUGGCUUUACGCCUACUACCUCCGUUUGUAAUCCAGCUCUAUUCCUGCUAAUCCCGCUAUGACACAUGUGUGGCGUUAGGAUUGAUGAGUUGAAUCAGGUGAAUUCCUGACUUAAUGAGCCGUGAUGACACUUCAACUUUGUCAUUUUCCUGCUCUGAGUCGGUGUGAAGGAUAGAAAAGUACUGCUCCAUUUACUCAGUUAGCUUUAUGUUGCACAUCGCCCGCCUCUGAUUAAACCGUCAUUUUGACGAAUACCUCCACCUUCAUUUUUAGAUUAGGCUUCAAAAAAAUAUUCAAAUCUCUCUUUUUUAUGAAGCAUAACAAAUGAUUCACAUGAAUAACAUUUCCUUACCUUUCUGUCUCCUGCAGGAUGGACUGCCUUGUCAAGACAGUUCGAUCAGAGGGUUACUUUGGCAUGUACAGAGGUAAGAUCACUGCACAUUUGACCUUUAAUGACCUGUAGGAAGAGAUGUAGCAGUAGGAUGGGAUAUUUUGUUUGUGUGUGGUUUAAUACUGCUUAUACUGAGUACAUACUCCUGAUAAGUGUAUUCUAAAUGCAUGGGGCUGCUUGAUUGAACUUAAAGUUAAGAAGAGUUGGACUAAGAGAGACGGCUACAGCUGCUCUCAUUCAGCCUGUGGUGUGAUUAGAUAUCAUUCAUGGCCAUCCUGUGUAUUUAAAAGUCAGAUCUUGUGGUUUAAUUGAUGGUAAAUGAAGACCUGUAGUCUGGGUCUCUGCUUGUGUGAGGAAUGCUGUUUGUUUGCAUCUGUGUUUUUCAUAUUACAGACUUGGGUCCCCCUGGGAUAUUGAAGGCUAGCCGAUAAGGCGCAGCCACGCUGGAGGCAAAUCAUUAAAUGGUUCUUACAAUAUUGCUCUAUUUAAAACUGUAGGCACAAGUUUUUUUUGUCGUUUUUUUUCAUCUGUUUGUUCUGUAAUUUGACCUCCUGUCAAUAACUUCCUCUUGGCUGUCUCCUCACUGUCCUGUCGACGUGUCCUUUUCCAGACUUUGACUCGUGUGUCUGUGGACUUUGACUGAUCUUAAAUGAAUCUGUGGCGACUUUAAGAGGUUUAUUAUUAUUAUUAUAAUUAUUAUUAUUGAUCAGUUUCACAGAUCAGUCUGUAAGAUUGCCCAAAGUCUGCUCACACAGUCUCUCUGUUCUUUCAUUAACACUCCUUCAUUACUCUCAUUAACUAACGGCCUUUACCUCCUUUAUUAGUCAAACAGACUUUCUUUCUUUCUUUAAAUCCUCUCUCCAUAAAAGGUUCUUGUUUUCAUAAACUCACUCUCUCUUCAUUGACCUCACAUCUCUCUCCUUGUGUCUCAGUUUCCCCUCCUGUUUCUCCUGUUUUUAAUGUCAUCUCUCUGCUGUUAUCAUCAUUUCCAAAGCUACUUUAAAUUGAACAUGUUCAUGUUUGUGUUUUAUAUUUGCUAAAAAAGGGUCUUUGUACUUUGUAAUGCUGUAAUAAUAGUGGCGGGGAAUGUUUUUCUGUGAAUGAAGUCUUUGUAGUUACACUCGUAGUAAAUGCGCUCAUUUUUCUCCUCAGGUGCUGCCGUAAAUUUGACCCUGGUAACUCCAGAGAAAGCAAUCAAGCUUGCUGCUAAUGACUUCUUCAGACAACACCUUUCCAGAGACGGGUAAGACACUUCAUCUGAAAUCUACAAUAAAGGAAAAACACCAUCUAGUUGUUUCUGGUCCUUCAUUUCUCUCUGUGUUUUGUUUCCACAGAAAGGGGUUGACAGUGUUGAAAGAGAUGCUGGCAGGCUGUGGUGCAGGUAUGUGCCAAGUCGUUAUCACCACCCCCAUGGAGAUGCUGAAGAUCCAGCUCCAGGACGCUGGCAGACUCGGUAAGAAGAGCUCAGAGUUUCUUCUCAACAUUUUUCUGUGAAACUUAAUUCCCUUUUUUUUUUCAUGAAUCUUCAUGUUUUGUUUUUUUCUUCACAGCCGCUCAGCAGCAGAAACCCGUCAUGAUGUCUCCCACCAAGCUGGUGGUCACCAACACCAUGCUCAGCCGCGCCUACUCCGGCACGGUGGUCUCAGCACCACGAGCCGUGUCCGCCACACAGAUCGCCAAAGAGCUGCUCCACACGCAGGGUAUCCAGGGGCUCUACAAGGGUCUGGGGGCCACACUGAUGAGGUAAAACUCUACUUGACCCCCUAAAGAGGAACUGUGAACUCGUUAAACCCGUUUACACGUGGAUCUGGUUUCAGUUUGAAUCAACAUCUGCUCUGUUUUCUUUCAGGGAUGUUCCCUUUUCCAUCGUGUACUUCCCCUUGUUCGCCAACCUGAACCGCCUGGGCAAACCCAGUCCUGAGGAGGCGUCUCCCUUCUACUGGGCUUUCCUCUCCGGCUGUGCAGCUGGAUCCACUGCUGCUGUGGCCGUUAACCCCUGUGAUGGUAAGUUUAGCACGCCGUAAAAUAAAAACACUCUUUUAUGAUUAGUAGAAACAGUUUAAAGUUGCUGGAAUGUUUCCUGACUUGUCUCCUUGUUGGUUCAGUGGUGAAGACCAGACUGCAGUCCCUGAACAAAGGCUCAGCUGAGGAGACCUACAGUGGCGUUGUGGACUGUGUGAGGUAGGACAUCCGAGGUUUACUUCGUCGUUUAUUAACCCUCUCUUUGUUUCACGUGUGUGCACGAAUAAACUCGUCUUUUGUCUCGACAGUAAAAUCCUGAGGAAGGAGGGACCCUCUGCAUUCCUGAAAGGCGCCGGCUGCCGAGCUCUGGUCAUCGCUCCUCUGUUCGGCAUCGCACAAGUCAUGUACUUUGUUGGCGUCGGCGAGUACAUCAUGGACAACGUGCCUCUAGGCCUCCUGUCCCCAUGAGCCAAUCGUCAUCACACUAGCUGGAUAUGAGCAGGACCUCGAAGAGAGAAGAUGGUGGACAAACUGGCAGCUACAAAACCACCAGUUUACAUCAAACAAACGAGUCUUUUCUGAUUCGGUCAGAGAGGCUUCAGGGUGUAAAGACCGAGACGGUUUCAUUUCCUGUCGGGUCUGAUCGUUGUGUUGCACUCGAACACUUUGUGACUUAUCCAGUGUGACUUAUCCAGGAGGCUCUGGCCCACGUUUGCACUUAAAGCUUUUAGCCUUACUGGGCUUUGGGACCCGGAGUUACAGUGUUAGUCUUUCUCUGUCCCUGAAACAGUCGCAUUUCCCUCUGUGAGGGAGAGAGGGAGGGGAGCGAGAGAGAGAGAGAGGGAGGGGAGCUCACUCCAUCAGAAACAGACCUUUUUGUUUUCUGUGUUUUCAUAUUAUUAUUUUUGUAUGUGAAUGCUCGUUUAUUCUGAAACGGCUGCUUUAACAACUCGGUUUGACUGUUUUUUUGUGUUUGACGCCUUUACGUUGACUUGACUUAAACACGUGAGGCCGAUUUAUUUCAAAGGGAUCUUUUUAUCAUUUUUUUUUUCCUCCUUUUUAAAUUUUUUUUACAGACAUUAUCAGUAAUCAUUUAGGACAGAGUCCAUGUUGAGUUGGUUCGAUCAUUAACCUUCCUACUGACUCGGGACCAUCGACAUUCACUAAACCAUGAGCAGCGUCCUGUUAGAUACUUGAUGAGAACCCCGCAGCUGUUUAGUCCUCUUUGUCUUUCCUUAUCCACAGAAACUUGAGAUGCAUUCAUGCACAUUGUAAAUGUAUGAAUAAUAAUAAUAAUGAUAAUAUGCACACGACCUCAACUUAGUCAUCAUGUUAUUCAAACCUCCCGUCUGACUCUGAAGAUGAUCAGGUUUACGCCUUAAAAGGAGCAGAUCGGCGUUUGUCGUCAGUGUUUUUGUCCUAAAAGAGCAUUAUUACUGUGACUGAGAAAAAUGACUGUUACCAAAUUUUGUAUUUGUCCUGGAUUUUUGUACAUAUGAUACACAGGCAUUAAAAAAACUUGAAAUGCAC